AUGAACAAAUCGACCCACGGGCCCAGCGUCAGCUUUUUGCCUGAUGAUUCCGGCUGCGUUAUUUGUGAGGGCCCCGCCCACGGCUUCCAUUUCGGUGUGCCCGCCUGCCGAGCUUGUGCCGCGUUCUUUCGAAGGAGCUACGUCCUUGGCCGAGACUACAAAUGCAGGAAACAAACCGGUCGCUGUAAUAUUUCCAAAGAUACUCGAUACCUCUGCCGUGGCUGUCGGCUGGAAAAGUGUAUCCGGUUGGGGAUGACGCCUGAAAACGUGCAAUACGACAAGGAAACGGCGCCAGCGCCCCCAAAAAUGCGCCCACAAAAGGAUCAAACAAGGCCGGAGAAGCCCCCGGAAUUACCGGAGACUUCCGGAACCCCGGAGAAGCACUCCACGCCCUACUAUGCAAAAGAGGACCCACCGGAAGUUAAGGCUAAAACCUGCGCGGAAGUGGAUCGAAGGACCAAGCGAGUUGAGGAGAUUUUGAACGCAAAGCCGCCCUCCCUGGAUACCCCAUUCCACUUGACGGCUCUCCAGAAGAUGUUGAUCGCGACGCAAAAGUUGCGCACCAACAUCAACCCCAAUCCGACGGUGAUGACACAAAUCACCCUCCCCAACGGAUUCCAUCGAUAUUGGGAGAGAAUGAUGGAAGGCUGGGCAAAGUGGAUGAUGCAUUGCGAUGAGUUCGCGCAGUUGGACCUCGAUCAGAAGAGACUCAUCCUCAAAAACACGUGGUCCUCCCGCACUCGCCUCGACAGAAUCUCAAUUUCCAUUGAUGCCUUUGGUGAGGAGGCAGUCACGAAAAGGAAAUGCUACACGACAAAAGAUCACUGUAUCACACGGGAUACGGUAUUCGACACAUCCGCAGUCAGUACCCUCGAUUAUCAAGAGCUGUGCAGCUCGGUGGCUCCAGUUGUUGAGCAGCUAUUCGAAGAGGUGGCACGCCCAUAUCUCAACCUAAAAGUCACACAAUUUGAG